AGGUGACGUUGCGUUUGCAAAAAGCUCCGUCGCCUUUUGUCUCCUUCGCCUCUCGUCCAAAGUCACCUCUUCUUCGCGAGCAUCUUCUCUGCUCUCUGCUGCUGAUUCUACUCAUCAACAGCUUCUCAGAUAUCUUCUGCCUCUACUGAACGAUCUGCAAAUGGCUACCGCGGAAACCUCCGCGGACUCCGCGCCCGACCUGAACAACAACAUCGGCUCCACCACCAACGACCACCCCGAGCCAGACACCCCCCACCGCCCCGCUCUCUCCUCCGGCCUCUCCUUCCUCGCGCCCGCGUCCGAAACCCUCUUUCCAGACGAGUUUGACGCGGGCUUUUACGACCCCGCGCCCGCAGAGACAGCUGCCGCGGCCGAGACCUCGAAUCCGCUGGCGUCGACCUCGUUGCCGGCGUCGGUCAUGGACGCGUACGCCGACCACGACGACGGCUGGGGUUCGUCGGCUGAUCCGUACCUGUCCAAGCCCGCCGAGAUCGUCGAGUCGUCGUAUUACGAAGACGAGGACGAGGAGGACGAGGACGAUAAUAAUCCACAGGCGGAGAUGUCCGAGGAAAGCGACCGGGCGAACUUGUUUGGAUCGGACGACGAUAUCGCGCAGGACAGCAACGGGGGUCAACAUGAUCCCGCAUCCCAGGCGCGUGCGUCGACGUCGACUGAGAUCCAGCGGUCAUCGAUCGAGACUGGAGUCAGUUCUGUAUCUUCGACCAGCCAGCAGAGUCAUCAACCGGAGCAAAAGUAUAGACAACAACAACAACAACAACAACCACAACCACGACCACAACAACAAUAUCAGCGACCACAACUACCACCACAACAGCAGCAGCGUCCCUCACAGCAGCAGAACAAUGCUCCCCGUUACGACCCCCAAUCCUACUACAAACAAGAGCCUACCCCUCAGAAUCAAUACUACCCGCCUCCCCAACCUGCUCAGCAGUACCCCUACGCCCCACAGAUGCAACCCCCCGCAGCUGCUGGGCAACGACCAAUGGCCCCAGCCAACGCUCGUCCUCCUGUCAUGGAAUAUGUCUUGCACACCAGAGUCACUGGUAUGGAAAGAUCGGGGAAGAAGCCGCCUUUGAUCAAAUUUGACGCCUAUACCAACCUCCCUCGAUUCCGCACGACCCAGUUCCGCGACAUUCGCAGAACGCACGGCGAGUUCCUCAAGCUCUUCAGACACCUCUGCGUAGCGAACCCAGAGUGCCUUGUCCCCACGAUCCCCAUGGAAAUCACCUCUGCCGGCGCCGGCUCGGACGAAGACGAGUACCGCAUCAAGGCCAACUUCCAGAAAUGGCUUGACCGCGUCACAUCGAACCCGAUCCUCAUGCGCGACGAGGAAAUGAUGUUUUUCAUCGAGGCCGACUUUGGAUACUCACCCAUCACGAAACGCAAGGCUCCCGCGACUGGACUGCGGCGCAAAGCAAUCAAGCAGCUCGCGCCGCCGCCAGAUGACUGCCAGGAACUUGUGGCGUUUAGACCGAUCGCGAAGCAGUUCUACAUUGAGUCUGAAAAGGUGCGGGAUAAGCUCGAGAAGGUGAGUAAAGUGCGGCGGAACCUGGGUCUUGCCGAGAUCGAGCUCGGACACAAGUUCACAAACCUGAUCUCUCUCGAGUUUCAAACCGGCAUGAUCAACAUGUGGAAAAAGCUUGGAAAGACGGUGAUGAGCGUGGGCGACAUCGAGGGGAUGAAGACAGUUGCCGAAAUGGCUAGUUUGGGGGAUGGUCUGUCGUGGCUCUGCAACGACGCCUAUGUCGUCAAAGAAACGCUCACGAACCGACAGAUUCUCAUCCGCGAGCUCAUCUCCGCGCAAUCGACCAGCCGAAACCGCCACGCGACCGCCGCGCGCCUGCGAAGUUCGGCGACGAUCAACCCGCUGCGGGUAGACGAGGCGCUCAACUCGCUCGAAGAAGCCAAGCAAGUCGAGGCCGCGCUGACCGCCAAAGUCAACCGGGUGACCAACAACCUCGUGCGCGAGAAACGCGAGUGGUUUGCAAACACGCAGGAAGACCUCAUGGGCUACAUGGCCGAGUACGUCCGGCGCAUGAUCGACGCCGAGCGACGCACGCUCGCGGUCUGGGAAUCAAUCCGGCUCGAUGUCCGCUCGGCCGAUGCUUCGGGUGGUCUCUCGCGCCUCGGACGGGGCGAGCUUCCGCCCGUGCGCCGGUCGGAUCUGGUGACUAGUCAAGGACCGAAGGGAGAUGGGUGGAGCGGCGAUCGACGGACGAUGCAUGGCGGGAACGGGUUCUUGCCGGCUUACGAGUACGGCGACGAUGAUGACGAGGAAGGGAUUUCUGAGGUUGAUGCAAAGAAUGCGGCACAGAUGCUUGCUGCUGCUACGUUCUAGUUUGUUUUAUGUGUUUUGUUUUACAUAGUUGUAUUCAUUUUUCUGUACUUGUCAUCCAUUUUCUCCUUCAUGUCUGAUUUCUUUCUUCAUGUGAUUCCUUCUUCAUGUCUUUUUUUCAUACUUUCACUUUUUGCCUUGUUUUACAGUUUUCAUCUAUGAUUAGUCGCUUGUUUUCAUUAGUCAAUGAACGUGCUUGGUACAGACCAUGUUUAUUAAGA